AUGGCUUCCAACACAACUGCAGCUCCAACUGUGGUUUCCAAUACAACUGCAACUCCAAAUGUGGUUUACAAUACAACUGCAACUUCUGCUGUGGUUUCCAAUACAACUGCAGCCACAACAGUGGCUUCCAACACAACUGCAGGUCCAACUGUGGUUUCCAAUACAACUGCAGCCACAACAUUGGCUUCCAACACAACUGCAGCUCCAACUGUGGUUUCCAAUACAACUGCAGCCACAACAGUGGGUUCCAAUAUAACUGCGCCCACAACGUUGGCUUCUAAUACAACUGCAGCCUCAACAGUGGGUUCCAAUACAACUGCAGCUCCAACUUUGGUUUCCAAUACAACUGCAGCGACAACAGUGGGUUCCAAUACAACUGCAGCCUCAACAGUGGGUUACAAUACAACUGCAACUCCAACUGUGGUUUCCAAUACAACUGCAGCCACAACGGUGGGUUCCAAUACAACUGCAGGCACAACAGUGGGUUCCAAUACAACUGUCGCUACAACUGUGUCUCCAAGUACUACCGCUACUCCUGCCACGGUGACAACUACUAUACCCACAACAAAAACCAGCACUGCAUCAACAGAUCCUCCUACUGCAAGUCAAGGAACCCUUGGUCUUAAAUUCAGUCUCAACCAACCCUUUACACCAGACCUCUCAGACUCAAGCUCAUCAGCUUUUCAGGAUUUAGCUCAAAAAGUGACCAAUGAGGUAAACGCUGCAUGUAAACGUGUCUUUGGAUCAUCCUUCCUUCGUUCCAUUGUUAAUGCAUUCCGGUCAGGAUCAGUGGUUACCGAUAUGACUCUUGUAUUCCAAGACACAGCCUCAGUUCCUACAACAAGCAAUGUAACUUCAGAACUCACUGCAAAUAUUAACUCUUCUUCCCUGAACAUUAUACCAGGCAGUCUUAAUGCAACUGUGCUCAAUGUUACAACAACCCCAACCACAGCUUCUAACAUUACUACAGCUGCAACAACUGCAGCUACAUCAGUGGGUUCUAAUACAACUGCAGCUCCAACAGUAGGUUCCAAUACAACUGUAGCCACAACAGUGGGUUCCAAUACAACUGCAGCGACAACAGUUGGUUCCAAUACAACUGCAGCUCCAACUUUGAUUUCCAAUACAACUGCAGCCACAACAGUGGGUUCCAAUACAACUGUAGCCACAACAGUGGGUUCCAAUACAACUGCAGCCGCAACAGUGGGUUCCAAUACAACUGCAGCAACAACAGUGGGUUCCAAUACAACUGUCGCUACAACAGUGGGUUCCAAUAACACUGCAGCUCCAACUUUGGUUUCCAAUACAACUGCAGCCACAACAGUGGGUUCCAAUACAACUGCAGCCACAACAGUGGGUUCUAAUACAACUGCAGCCACAACAGUGGGUUCCAAUACAACUGCAGCUCCAACUGUGGUUUCCAAUACAACUGCAGCCACAACAGUGGGUUCCAAUACAACUGCAGCCACAACAGUGGGUUCCAAUACAACUGCAGCCACAACAGUGGGUUCCAAUACAACUGUCGCUACAACAGUGGGUUCUAACACAACUGCAGCCACAACAGUCGGUUCCAAUACAACUGCAGCCACAACAUUUGGUUCCAAUACAACUGCAGCCUCAACAGUGGGUUCCAGUACAACUGUAGCUACAACAGUGGGUUCUAAUACAACUGCAGCCACAACAGUGGGUUCCAAUACAACUGUCGCUACAACUGUGUCUCCAAGUACUACUGCUACUCCUGCCACGGUGACAACUACUAUACCCACAACAAAAACCAGCACUGCAUCAACAGAUCCUCCUACUGCAAGUCAAGGAGUCCUUGGUCUUAAAUUCAGUCUCAACCAACCCUUUACACUAGACCUCUCAGACUCAAGCUCAUCAGCUUUUCAGGCUUUAGCUCAAAAAGUGAUCAAUGAGGUAAACACUGCAUGUAAACGUGUCUUUGGAUCAUCCUUCCUUCGUUCCAUUGUUAAUGCAUUCCGGUCAGGAUCAGUGGUUACCGAUAUGACUCUUGUAUUCCAAGACACAGCCUCAGUUCCUACAACAAGCAAUGUAACUUCAGAACUCACUGCAAAUAUUAACUCUUCUUCCCUGAACAUUAUACCAGGCAGUCUUAAUGCAACUGUGCUCAAUGUUACAACAACCCCAACCACAGCUUCUAACAUUACUACAGCUGCAACAACUGCAGCUACAUCAGUGGGUUCUAAUACAACUGCAGCUCCAACAGUAGGUUCCAAUACAACUGCAGCCACAACAGUGGGUUUCAAUACAACUGCAGCCACAACAGUGGGAUCCAAUACAACUGCAGCUCCAACUUUGAUUUCCAAUACAACUGCAGCCACAACAGUGGGUUCCAAUACAACUGUAGCCGCAACAGUGGGUUCCAAUACAACUGCAGCCGCAACAGUGGGUUCCAAUACAACUGCAGCCGCAACAGUGGGUUCCAAUACAACUGCAGCAACAACAGUGGGUUCCAAUACAACUGUCGCUACAACAGUGGGUUCCAAUAACACUGCAGCUCCAACUUUGGUUUCCAAUACAACUGCAGCCACAACAGUGGGUUCCAAUACAACUGCAGCCACAACAGUGGGUUCCAAUACAACUGCAGCUCCAACUGUGGUUUCCAAUACAACUGCAGCCACAACAGUGGGUUCCAAUACAACUGCAGCCACAACAGUGGGUUCCAAUACAACUGCAGCCACAACAGUGGGUUCCAAUACAACUGUCGCUACAACAGUGGGUUCUAACACAACUGCAGCCACAACAGUCGGUUCCAAUACAACUGCAGCCACAACAUUUGGUUCCAAUACAACUGCAGCCACAACAGUGGGUUCCAAUACAACUGCAGCCUCAACAGUGGGUUCCAGUACAACUGUAGCUACAACAGUGGGUUCUAAUACAACUGCAGCCACAACAGUCGGUUCCAAUACAACUGCAGCCACAACAGUGGGUUCCAAUACAACUGUCGCUACAACUGUGUCUCCAAGUACUACCGCUACUCCUGCCACGGUGACAACUACUAUACCCACAACAAAAACCAGCACUGCAUCAACAGAUCCUCCUACUGCAAGUCAAGGAGUCCUUGGUCUUAAAUUCAGUCUCAACCAACCCUUUACACUAGACCUCUCAGACUCAAGCUCAUCAGCUUUUCAGGCUUUAGCUCAAAAAGUGAUCAAUGAGGUAAACACUGCAUGUAAACGUGUCUAUGGAUCAUCCUUCCUUCGUUCCAUUGUUAAUGCAUUCCGGUCAGGAUCAGUGGUUACCGAUAUGACUCUUGUAUUCCAAGACACAGCCUCAGUUCCUACAGCAAACAAUGCAACUUCAGAACUCACUGCAAAUAUUAACUCUUCUUCCCUGAACAUUAUACAAGGCAGUCUUAAUGCAACUGUGCUCAAUGUUACAACAACCCCAACCACAGCUUCUAACAUUACUACAGCUGCAACAACUGCAGCUACAACAGUGGGUUCUAAUACAACUGCAGCUCCAACAGUAGGUUCCAAUACAACUGCAGCCACAACUUUGGGUUUCAAUACAACUGCAGCCACAACAGUGGGUUCUAAUACAACUGCAGCCACAACAGUGGGCUCCAAUACAACUGCAGCUCCAAAUUUGGUUUCCAAUACAACUUCAGCCACAACAGUGGGUUCUAAUACAACUGCAGCCACAACAGUGGGUUCCAAUACAACUGCAGCCACAACAGUGGGUUCCAAUACAACUGCAGCCACAACAGUGGGUUCCAAUACAACUGCAGCCACAACUUUGGGUUUCAAUACAACUGCAGCCACAACAGUGGGUUCUAAUACAACUGCAGCCACAACAGUGGGCUCCAAUACAACUGCAGCUCCAAAUUUGGUUUCCAAUACAACUUCAGCCACAACAGUGGGUUCUAAUACAACUGCAGCCACAACAGUGGGUUCCAAUACAACUGCAGCCACAACAGUGGGUUCCAAUACAACUGCAGCCACAACAGUGGGUUCCAAUACAACUGCAGCCACAACAGUGGGUUCCAGUACAACUGUCGCUACAACAGUGGGUUCUAAUACAACUGCAGCCACAACAGUCGGUUCCAAUACAACUGCAGCCACAACAGUUGGUUCCAAUACAACUGCAGCCACAACAGUGGGUUCCAGUACAACUGUCGCUACAACAGUGGGUUCUAAUACAACUGCAGCCACAACAGUCGGUUCCAAUACAACUGCAGCCACAACAGUUGGUUCCAAUACAACUGCAGCCACAACAGUGGGUUCCAAUACAACUGUCGCUACAACUGUGUCUCCAAGUACUACCGCUACUCCUGCCACGGUGACAACUACUAUACCCACAACAAAAACCAGCACUGCAUCAACAGAUCCUCCUACUGCAAGUCAAGGAGUCCUUGGUCUUAAAUUCAGUCUCAACCAACUCUUUACACCAGACCUCUCAGACUCAAGCUCAUCAGCUUUUCAGGCUUUAGCUCAAAAAGUGAUCAAUGAGGUAAGAUGA